ACUGCCUCGGCGUUUGGGAUUUGUUGGACCGCUGAUCAUUUGGAAACGAGCACUGAACGCGUGCAGUGGCCAUCGUGUGUUUCACUAUCGGUUCGUGACGGGAAAGGCAACAGCAAAAGCAACUAUAUAAUUAUAACUGUAUCAAUUGUAAUCAAUAAUCUAGAAUACAAGAAAACAAAAUGCAUCCUGCAUCGCCGCAUCAACAUCGUUCGCGUCUUAACGUCAGCGGAACCGGAGCAACACCUGGUCAAUCGCAAAGCCCGCCGGAUUCUUUUACAUUGAGUCCACAACAGCAUCAUCCCCACCAUUCUCAGCAGCAACAGCAGCACACGGUCCAAAUCAGUUCCAGUGCACAUCCUUAUCAGGGGCUCAAAACCUCUGAGAAUGAUGACAUGGGCUGUGUGGAACUCCUGGCCACGGCUAUAUCGGUGCUGAUCAUGAUACUCACGUUUCCCAUUUCGGUGUUCAUCUGCUUCAAGGUGGUCUCCGAGUAUGAGCGUGCGGUAAUCUUUCGGAUGGGUCGACUGCGCAGUGGAGGAGCACGAGGGCCGGGCGUCUUCUUUGUCCUACCCUGCGUAGAUGACUAUUAUCCGGUAGACUUACGAACUGUCUCUUUUGAUGUACCGCCGCAAGAGGUGCUGUCAAAGGAUUCGGUAACAGUUACCGUCGAUGCGGUCGUCUACUAUCGCAUCAGUGAUCCGCUAAAGGCGGUUAUUCAGGUGUCCAACUACAGCCAUUCUACCCGUCUGUUAGCUGCCACCACGCUGCGUAAUGUGCUCGGAACUCGCAACCUAUCCGAGCUGCUCACCGAACGUGAGACCAUCUCGCAUACUAUGCAAAUGUCCCUAGACGAGGCUACCGAUCCUUGGGGUGUCAAGGUGGAACGUGUUGAAAUUAAGGACGUUUCGCUACCCACAGCGUUGCAACGCGCGAUGGCCGCCGAGGCAGAAGCAGCACGUGAGGCACGGGCUAAGGUAAUUGCUGCUGAGGGAGAGAUGAAAUCAUCGCGAGCAUUGAAGGAGGCGUCGGAGAUUAUCUCGGCCAGUCCGUCAGCAUUACAGCUGCGAUAUUUGCAAACACUAAGCAGCAUCUCGGCGGAAAAGAACUCGACAAUAAUAUUUCCGUUGCCCAUGGAGCUGCUAACGCCAUUCCUUAACUCAUCCGCCCAGUUGGCUGCCAAUGCUCAUGCAACGCCAUCGCCGCUUCAUCGGCAUCAGCACCAGCACCAGCAUCACCAGUGACGAUCAAUGUCGGUGCUGCAGCCAUACCUGGAGGCGUUGGGUCGCUGCGAGCUGCGUCGGCAAAUUGCUGGGCACGACAACGCUGACGAUGAUGACGACAUUGUCGGCUAUCUACUGUGAAUGGCACUGCACAGGUCUGCUAUAGUUUCUGAUGUUCUCGAUGUAGCUGAUGUUCUCGAUGCAGGUCACAGGAACUUACCUGUACAGAGGAAUACAAGAUUAACCAUACACCAAUGAGUUCGCUCAAUCUCAACGGAUGUUCCUUUUCAGACUGAUGUGUGAGGAAAAUUUCGCCAAUGCCGAUACCAAAACCUAUAUUUUAGUAAUAGCUGAAAGAAUUUUUUUUUUAUUCAGGUGUGUUCUACAUAAAAACUAAAUCCAUGCAAAAAAUUUUCGAGAGAUUUGACAGAAUGUAAAAUUGAUUGAAUUAAAUUAAAUUGUGUUUUAAAUUGAUAAAAAAUUCAUUAAAUAAAUGAAUAAGAUUGUGAAUUAUUUAAAGAAGAACACCGCAGAAUAAGUUUAUUAUGGCG